UGUUCUCAUAUAUAAAGUCCGCGCCUCGUCCAAAUCAUCGCAGUCCUUUCGUAGGAGGUGAAACUCGCAGUCUCAAAAUGAAAUCAGCUUUGGCAAUCCUCUGCUUAGCAGUCAGUGCUUUGGCCCAACACCCCGCUGAAGAUGACGGGUCUUGGAAGCCUCAUUUGGACGGAUCUGCUUUAGGAAACGGCGAUCUCGUUUGGCUGGGACCUGACAAUGACGAUGGUCAAUGGAAACCCCAUUUGGACAACUCCGCUGCCGGACUCGUCCAUCACUUGUACAAGAGGUCUGUCCUAGUCAACGCCAACGCUCUCCCCGUGCCCGCUGACACCCUCGAAGUCGCCCUGGCUAAGCAAGCCCAGCUCGUCCAACAGCACAGUGAAGGAACCAGGAACCUCCUCGGAGGCGGUGUCCCACUCCACCUCCCCGCUGACACCCCUGAGGUCGCCCUUGCCAAGCAAGCCCAACUUGUCCAACAGCACAGUGAAGGAACCAGGAACCUCCUCGGAGGCGGUGUCCCACUCCACCUCCCCGCUGAUACCCCUGAGGUCGCCCUUGCCAAGCAAGCCCAGCUCGUCCAACAGCACAGUGAAGGAACCAGGAACCUCCUCGGAGGCGGUGUCCCACUCCACCUCCCCGCUGACACCCCUGUAGUCGCCCUUGCCAAGCAAGCCCAACUCGUCCAACAGCACACCGAAGGAACCAGGAACGUCCUCGGAGGCGGUGUCCCACUCCACCUCCCCGCUGACACUCCCGAAGUCGCUCUCGGAAAACAGGCUCACGCCGUCGCUCACGAACAUCAGAAAGCUCUUAACCACGGUCUUCCCGUUGCUCACGCUGUAGCUGCUCCCGUCGUCGCCGCUCGUGUCGCCACCCCCGUCGUCGCUUCCCACGUCGGUGUUCCUUUUGGCCUUUCCUCCGUCCACACUGUUGGACUCCACCACGGACUCACAGCCGUUUUGUAAAAAGGGAAAUUAAUUAUCUGUGUUCAGUGACUGAUAUAAAAUAAACAAUUUUUUUAUAAUGCUUUGA